CCAAAAAUCGCCUUCUCUCUCUCUCUCUCACAUCUGGAAUCCCCUCCCCCCAAAAAAAAAAAAAAAAACCUCCAAUUCGCGAAGAAUCCAUGGCGACUCGCUCCACCACCGACUCAGAAACCACCAACCAAACCGGUUCCGACUCGGACAAGGCUCGCCACCUACUCGCAAUCGUCUUCUCAGUCGGCCGUCCGAUUCGUCCUCUGGAGCUCGCUUCACGAUGCACAUCUUUCUCCGUUUCUUCCAAGCUCAUCUACUGCCUCUGCUCCAUCCCCGACUCGCCUUUGUCCUUAACCGAAGAUCUCUACGUUGUACCGUCUUCCGAUGCCUUGAAAGCUUUGGCCGACUCCACGGCGAAUUCCGAUAGUACCGAAGCAGUCAGAAUGUGGCUUAAGAAGCGGAAACGCCUUGUAUGGUACUCUAAAUUCAUGCCUCCGGCCAAAAGAAGAUUCAUAUUUAGCCCUCGAGAUGGAAAAGAAGAGAAUGAAUCGCAGGAAGAAACUGAGUGUGACGUCUCAAAGGUACAUUUUAGUAUGACUUACUAUAACAGCUACAGUGUAAAUGUAGUACCAAGUGACAUGGCAAAGAUGACAAAAAAAUUAGCAUUCAGUACCCAGUCGCUUGGAAAUUCGGAUUCUGGACGAUUGAGUUGUCAAUUGAGUAAUAUUGAAAAUACGGAAGAUAAAACUACUAGAAAUGUGUACGUGCGAAGGAAGGGUAAUAAAGGAACAAUGGCAUGUGAAGCUGAUACCAACACAGCUCUCCAAAAAAGCUUGGUUGAUAAUCUAGUAAUGUGCGGUGGAGAUCAGAAAGAUGGAACAGAUUUGAGAAAUAGAACAAAUGACAUGGCCACAUUUUGCCCUGAAUACAUUAGCAAUAUAUCGCUGAUGGAGGCUGGGAACGUCAGUGGUAAUUGGAAAGAUACAGAUGUUAGAUUCAUUGGAAAUGAAAGAAUUAUGGGACGUCAGGAGGAAGACACCACCGACCUUAAAGAAAUGAAAAAUCUAGUCAAGCCGCUUAAUGAGAUGGGUGAAUAUGAAGAGUCCAAAGAUAUAAUUCCAUCAAUUGAUAAAGAGCCAACAAAUAAACAUGUGGAAACCUUUUCUAGUUCUCCUACUGUUGAGGAUUUUGUUGCUCAGAAGCAGUUAUCAAAACCGUCAGCCAAGAUAAAGACCAUUGACGGGAAUGCAUUGUCUCCAAGAACGCAAUCACUUUGCAAAUCCUUACCGCAUGAUAAGGCUAUUAAUACACCCAAAGAGAAGCACCAGUGUAAAAAAGACCUGACUGGAAUCAACAUGGUGAAGAAAUCAAGGCAGAUUAAUCACGAUGAUAUGCAUAAUAAGAAAAAAAGGACAGUUACUGCUUCUAGUUCUGCUAAGGAACAAACAGAGACAAAGGUGCUUCCAAACUUUGGGAAUUAUGCUGUUGAAGAGGAAGAAGGUUCAGGUGGUUAUGGUACUGUUUACAGGGCAAGGAGGAAGAACGAUGGUACCACAGUUGCCAUUAAAUGUCCUCAUUCUAAUGCCCAUAAGCACCAUGUCAACAACGAGAUGAGAAUGCUAGAGCGAUUUGGGGGUAAAAACUAUGUCAUAAAAUAUGAAGGCUGUUUCAAGAAUGGAGAUUCUGAUUGCUUUGUUUUGGAGCAUGUUGAGCACGACAGACCUGAGGUGUUGAAGAAAGAAAUAGAUGUUCUUCAGCUACAGUGGUAUGGCUAUUGCAUGUUUAAAGCACUUGCAAGUCUUCAUAAGCAGGGAAUAAUUCAUAGGGAUGUUAAACCUGGAAACUUCCUUUUCUCUCGUAGAGGAAAUAAAGGUUACCUCAUUGAUUUCAACCUUGCACUGGAUUUGCAUCAGAAGCAUGGGAAUACUAGAAAAUCAAAGGAAGGGUAUGAUGUAAACGACAAUGCCAUCAAACUUCCAAGUGCAAACUCUGCACCGCAAACCAAAGAUACGAGGUUACCAAAUGCUAAAUCUCUAGAAACAGCCGGUCUUAAGACAACAAAUGGUUAUAAUAAAUCAACGUUAGAUCUGAAGAACCUGCGAAAGAAGGCUUUGACCCAAACUAAAGCUUAUAAUAAUGAUUUGGGAAGUUGGAAUGCUAGCAAAAGUCAAGGUGCAGGUGGCUCGGGCAUUACCUCUGCAAAGGAUGCAACUAGCACCCUAACUCCUUCAGCAGAGCGGUUGAGGGAACCUUUACCAUGCCAAGGUAGGAAGGAGCUCAUAAACCUGAUUCAAGAAGCAAGGCAAAGUCCAAAAGAUAAAGUUUCAGGUGUUCCAUCUUCUAUGAGAAAGAGAAUUGCUGCCCCACCUCGAAAUGUGGAUAGCACACUCUUCUAUCUCACUCCAAUGCCUCUGCACUCGACUAGCAUUUGUGUUGGCAGUGCUGGCUUUAUGAAGAAUAGAGGUAGUGGAAAGCACAAGAAAGAAGGUCCUUGCGCUGGAACAAAAGGCUUCCGGGCUCCAGAGGUUUUGUUUAGAUCUCCCUACCAAGGCCCCAAAGCUGAUAUCUGGUCUGCUGGGGUCACCUUACUCUACCUUAUGACUGGGAGAUCACCGUUUAUUGGCGAUCCUGAACAAAACAUAAAGGAAAUAGCAAAAUUGAGAGGCAGUGAAGAUUUAUGGGAAGUCGCCAAGCUCCACAACCGUGAAUCCUCAUUUCCAGUGGAACUGUAUAAGCCCGAAUUUUUGCCAUCUACAAAGCUGUGGGAUUGGUGUGAAAUGAAUACAAAGAGACCGGAUUUCUUCAAGCAACUUCCCAAGUCACUUUUUGAUCUUGUAGACAAAUGUUUGACAGUGAACCCUAGACUGAGGAUAAGUGCAGAGGAAGCUCUUAAACAUGAAUUUUUUGCUCCAUGUCAUGAAAGCAUUAGAAAACAGAGGCUGCAUAGGCAGAUAUCAUUCCUGGAAUCUGGAAAUAAUUCCUCCUUACAUGAUCAAAGCAUCAGCAAACCUAAGAUUUCUCAAAUAAAAGCUUAAUCAGCUUUUGAGGUAGGCUAUUAAACCAGUUUGUAUCCUUUUAUCUUCUGCGUCUACUCUACGAUAAGAAGCAAUAUUGUUCUUUGAUAAAGACGCAAGCAAAGCAUAUUACCCUUGUUGGAUUGUAUUUAAUUACUCUUCUUCUUUUUUUUCUUUUUUUUUUAACACUUUUAUUCUGUUUAUAGUUUUGUAAAGUUUGUAACCAUUAGUUGAAUGAAUAUGAACACAAUACUCUAUAAUCCGCGGAAGAAUGAUGAAUUCAGCCAACCAAAAAAAAAAAAAAAAAAACGAUAUUUAUUUCGUGAGGAACCUGCAAA